UCUUCUUCUUCUUCUUCUUCUUCUUCUUCUUCUCCUCCUUCUUUCUUCUUCUUCUUCUUCUUCUUCUUCUUCUUCUUCUUCUUCUUCUUCUUCUUCUUCUUCUUCUUCUUCUUCUUCUUCUUCUUCUUCUUCUUCUUCUUCUUCUUCUUCUUCUUCUUCUUCUUCUUCUUCUUCUUCUUCUUCUUCUUCUCCUCCUUCUUCCUCAUUUGAACUCAGGUUUUCCUGGCUCCAGGCCUGGCUCUCUAUCCUCUAAGCCAUCUAGCUGUCCCCCAAAUUCUGUUUCUACCACAUACUUACUGGUUGUGUGAUCCUGUGCAAGUCAUUUAACUUCUCUUUGCAUUGAAAAUUGCCUACCCUUGAUGAAGUCAUAAAUCCUGACCCCUCCCCCCAAAAAAACAGUGUUUGGAUAGAUAUUACUUAUAUUAACUAACUCUCAGUGUUAUUAUAAGAAAAAUGCAUUGUGAACCUUAAAAUGCCAUACAUGUGAGUUAUCAUUACCCACCAAAGUAAAACAUGCUAGCAAGGAAAUAAUGAAAGCCAUUGGUCACAAUUUCAAAUGUUAACAAUUCAAUUAACCAGAUUUGCAUGUUUGUCUCUAUGACCUCUUUGAAAGUGGCUUACUGGGGAGCAAUUAGGUAGCUCAGUGGCUUGAGAACCAGACCCAGAGACCUAAAUCUCACCUCAGACACUUCCUAGCUGUGUGAACCUGGGCAAGUCACUUAACCCUCAUUACCUAGCCAGUACUGCUCUUCUGCCUUAGAAAUACACAAUAUUAAUUCUAAAGUGGAAGUUAAGGGUUUAAAAAAAUGAAAAGAAAGGAGCCUACUUCCUUAUUUUCCCAAACAAAAGGAGGAAGUUUGUAUUUGGUCCUGGAUGAUUCACAGGCCCAAGGUUAGAAAUCUGGUCUGUAAAUAAAUUCUGUUUCCAUUAGAUUGUAAACUCUUUGAGAGCAAGGGUUGUCUUUUGUUUCCUCCAGCACUUAGCACAGGCCCCACACAGUAAGCUUACUAAAUUUUUUUCACUUGAUUGAUUUUUGGGAUGCGAUCUGGUGCCAUGGAAGGGGCAUCAUUCAGGGACAUGGAAAACCUGGGUUGACUAAUCAGUUAUACCACUUAUGGCAAGUCAAUUGACCUCUUUGGGGCUGCAGCUUUCUUAGGCAGGAUGAGCAGAAUACUUGUAUUGCUCCCUACUCCACAAGGAAAGUAGAGGGUACGUGUGGCAUGCUCUCUUUUCAACAAGGGAGUCAGUGUUAGCCACAAGUAUACAGAAUGAGUAGUUCUCUCUUCUUUGGGUGUUAUUAGUCACAGAUGCCAUUCUUAGAGAUAAUAGUGCUCAAGAGGAGAUAAGUGGUGCCUAUAUGUGAGAGUUAAUAUCAUUCUAGUACUUCAUGUUGCAAUUUCCAGGCUGCCUUGGAGAAUUCCAUAAGGAAUAAUGACUGAAGUGGGUGUAGAUACAGAACCAUCCAUAAGUCUGAGAAAUAAUUAACUCCUGCUAUUAGUAUUCUGUCCAGAAUUGGUAUAGAGACCAGGAUCCCUGUAACUGGAACUAUGAAAUUGUUUCCUUUGGUCCUUAAUGAUUGUUAGGAAGUCUGACAGAUGAUCUCCAUCAUAUUUCAACAGAGGAAUAUUAUAAUAUCUCGGUCUUAGCCAUUGAAUGUAAUAGCUAUUAUAGUGGAAGAAUAAGGGAGAUUGUAUGGGAUUAAGUCACUUUUGUAGGUAAGUGUAUAGGGAAUCUAACCUUACAUUGGGAAGUACAUUGUAGACUUCCAUCAUGGUUAGAGAGAAAGACAUAAUAAUUUAGAUAGUGUGGGGUGGGGGCAAGGAGGUCUAAAAAUCACUAUGUACGUUUAAGUUCUGCUUAACUAAAAUGGAAAAUUAAGUGCUGCUAGUUCUGCUAUUUGUACCCUGUAAACUUGAAACCAUAAUCUCUGGGUCUCAGUUUCCCCAUUUCAUUUUAUAAAUGAGCCGGUUGGUACUAGCUUCCUUUUAGUUCUUGAUUACUUGAUCUUUAAGUCUAAGUUCUCGUUACCACUUUAUUAUUUGAAUUCCAUACUUAGUCUCCUUCAGAGAUGGUAGGGAGAGUUUGAGGCAACCAGGUGAUAAAGUGGAUAGAGCACCGGGUCUGCAAUCAGAAAGGUGAGUUCAAAUCCAGCCUCAGAUACGUACUAGCUGGGUGAUCCUGGACAAGUCCCUUAACCUCUGUUUGCCUGAGUCCACUGGAGAAGGAAAUGUCAAACCACUCCAGUAUCCUUGCCAAGAAAACCCCAUGUACAAUAUCGAUGUGCUGUGGUCCAUGGGAUUAUGAAGAGUUGGAAACUGAUAGAACAACAGGAGCAUUAAGAGUUUCUGAUAAUCCCAAAGGAUGGGCUUCAGGGUCUGGGGAGGAUAUGGAAAAAUAAGCAGUACAAGGCAAUGGAAAGGACUCUUACUAAAUUUGAAGUGACCUUAAGCAAGUCAAAACCUUUCUGGGGUCGUUUCCUCAACUGUAAAAUGAAGGAUUAGACUAGGUGACCUCUGAGGUCCUUUUGCCCAGAGAAAUACAACAUCAAUCCUGGAACCUGCUGAGAAUUCUGUGGAAUGGACCCUCUUGUUGGGGUCUCAGUGGCUCCACGUAAGUGAGAUACAAGAACAGAUUUCACUAAGGAACGGUGGCUUUUCAUUCAUCAAGUCAUGAAGUAGUUCCGCCCUUUGAGGCCACACUGAAGAAGCAGUAACUGAUUUGGAUUGUACUAGUGUGCAUCCAUAAGUGUGAUGAGGCUGGUUAUUUUAGGAGAUGUAGAUAGACCCAGUUUUUAGCUUCCUUGCCCCCUUCUUCCAGGGUGACCAUUAUCCCCGUUUUUGAGGCUAGAAGUUGGGGUGGGGAGGGAUUAAGUUGGGGUAAGGUGCUAAACAGACGGUGUUUGGUGUGCAGCUCCAGAAUAUGCCUCCCCACCCCCAGCUCGAGAGCAGGAAGGCCAUAGUUUCCUGGCUCCCACGGGGCCGGCACUUGGGGAGGGGAGGAGAGGUUGCAAGAUUGGUUCCAGCUGAUGAGUGCAUCUGAGUCUGGUUCUCGGGGCCAGGUGACCUCCGGACUUCCUUCACCAAGGUUGCGCUAGGGGUAGUAGCUGUGGGAAGAGGAGAGUCAGGGUGGGGAAGUUUGGGGCUGGUUUGUUUUGUUUUGCUAAACCCAAGGUGGCCCCCAAGGCAGGUGGCUCUGCGCUUCCUAAGAGGCUCCCAAAGGAAAGAGACUGGAAUCCAGGGGGUCUUUGGGAGGCCAAGAAGAUUCAGGCUGACUGCUAAAGGGCGGUCGGCGCGGCGCAGGUCGUGCCAGGGGACCGGGGCACCCGGCAGGUGCUUGGGGUGGGGAUGAAGUAGGAGUGAGGAGAAGGCGAGAAGGGAGGGGUACUGCGGGGGAACCGCGGCAUCAGUCUGGGGGUGGAGGGGGGGAGAGGCAGAGGCGGACGUCUUGCCAGAACACCAGUGCGUGUGUGGCGGGGGCGAGGGCGGGGGGGGGUGUAUCUCUAUGCGUGCGUAUCUGUGUCCCCCACAAGCCUGAGGCUGCCUCUCUUCAGAUGGUCAGGGUGCCUCUUCGCCCAGGAGGGAAAGUUAGGAUGGCCGGGAACGACUGCGGAAGGCUUGGGGGAGAACCGCAGUGAGACAGUGAGACAAACAGACAGACUGACGGACAGCCCGGCAACCAGGCAGGACAGGGGGGUGGCUCCUCGGGGGAGAGGGGGGCCGCUGCCACCCGCUGGUGGCUAGCCACAAACUGCGCGGGGCUCAGCCGAGGCGGCGGCAGAGGCGGCAGCAGCAUCCUCGGUGGCAGCGCCCGCUUCAUCCCUCCCUGCUGCAGGUGGUGGCCAGGGUUCCUUCCUCCCCGCGCCCCGGGAUCUGCUUUGCAUUCAUCUGAGACCAAAAACAGGAGGUGGGGUUGAGAGGGCGGAGCGGGGCGCGGUGGUGGUGCCCAGUGGCCCCCCAAGCCGUGCUGGACAGAGGAGGAGGAGGAGGAGGAGGAGGAGGAGGAGGAGAGAAGAGGAAGGGGAGGAGGAGGAGAGAAGAGGAGGAGGAGGAGGAGAGGCGGGAGGUAGAGGGAUGGGCUGCGCUCCCAGCAUCCACGUUUCGCAGAGCGGCGUGAUCUACUGCCGAGACUCGGACGAGUCCAAUUCCCCCCACCAGACCACUACCCUGUCGCAGGGCACGGCUACCACCUUACACGGCCUCUUCAUCAAGACCGACGCCGCCGACGCCAUCCCCUCGGUGCUCGCCUACCAGAGCCGCCAGGCUGGGGCCCCGGGCACUCGCCGGGAGCGGAGGGAGCUGGGGAGCAGCAGCAGCAGCAGCGCGGGCACCGCAGCCUCUGCCCCGACCACCUGCAGGGUGCGCACCCAUUACUGCUGCAGCAGCGCCGAGGCCGAGACCCAGACCAGCUACACCAGCGUCAAGCAGGUUUCAACUGCAGAAGUGCGAAUUGGGCCGAUGAGAUUGACACAAGAUCCUAUUCAGGUUUUGCUGAUUUUUGCAAAGGAAGAUAGUCAAAGUGAUGGAUUCUGGUGGGCCUGUGAUAGAGCCGGCUACAGAUGUAAUAUCGCCCGAACUCCAGAAUCUGCCCUUGAGUGCUUUUUAGAUAAGCACCACGAAAUCAUUGUCAUCGACCACAGACAAGACCAGCACUUUGAUGCAGAAGCCGUCUGCAGAUCAAUCCGCGCUACAACUCCAUCAGAACACACGGUUAUACUAGCAGUUGUUUCACAUAUAUCGGGUGAACGUGAAGAAACAUCAGUCCUUCCUCUUCUCCAUGCAGGCUUCAAUAGGAGAUUUAUGGAGAACAGCAGUAUCACUGCUUGUUACAAUGAACUGAUUCAAAUAGAACACGGGGAAGUUCGAUCGCAGUUCAAAUUACGGGCAUGUAACUCAAUUUUUACGGCACUCGACCACUGUCAUGAAGCCAUAGAAAUAACCAGUGAUGACCAUGUCAUUCAGUAUGUCAACCCUGCCUUUGAAAGGAUGAUGGGCUAUCACAAGGGAGAGCUCAUAGGAAAAGAACUCACUGAAUUGCCCAAAAGUGAUAAAAACCGUGCAGAUCUCCUGGACACCAUUAACACGUGCAUCAAGAAGGGAAAGGAAUGGCAAGGGGUUUACUACGCGAGAAGAAAAUCAGGAGACAGCGUCCAGCAGCAUGUGAAGAUCACACCAGUGAUCGGCCAAGGAGGGAAAAUUAGACAUUUUGUGUCUCUCAAGAAACUGUGUUGUACUGCUGACAACAAUAAACAGAUACACAAGAUUCACCGGGAUUCAGGAGACAAGUCUCAGUCAGAGUCUCAUUCAUUUAGAUAUAAGAACAGGAGGAAAGAAUCUAUUGACGUUAAAUCAAUAACAUCUCGAAGUAGUGAUGCACCAAGUUUGCAGAAUCGUCGUUAUCCGUCUAUGGCAAGGAUCCAUUCUAUGACCAUUGAAGCUCCAAUCACAAAGGUCAUUAAUAUAAUCAAUGCUGCCCAGGAGAAUAGCCCAGUAACUGUAGCAGAGGCCUUGGACAGAGUUCUGGAAAUUUUACGAACCACAGAACUAUACUCUCCACAGCUGGGCACUAAAGAUGAAGAUCCUCACACUAGUGAUCUAGUCGGGGGACUGAUGACAGAUGGCUUGAGAAGGUUGUCAGGGAAUGAGUAUGUGUUUUCCAAGAAUAUGCAUCACAGCCACAGUCAUCUUUCACUGCCCAUCACCGUCAAUGACGUCCCCCCCUCUAUCGCACAAUUACUGGACAACGAAGAGAGCUGGGACUUCAACAUCUUCGAGUUGGAGGCUGUCACACAUAAAAGACCGUUGGUUUACCUAGGGCUAAAAGUCUUUGCCCGUUUUGGUGUCUGUGAGUUUUUGAACUGUUCAGAAGCCACUCUUCGGGCCUGGCUCCAGGUGAUCGAAGCCAAUUACCACUCAUCCAACUCUUACCACAACUCUACCCAUGCUGCGGACGUCCUGCAUGCCACGGCAUUUUUCCUCGGAAAAGAAAGAGUAAAGGGAAGCCUGGAUCACCUGGAUGAAGUAGCUGCAUUGAUAGCAGCCACCGUCCAUGAUGUGGAUCACCCAGGACGGACCAAUUCUUUCUUGUGCAAUGCGGGCAGUGAGCUCGCUGUCCUCUACAAUGACACAGCUGUCCUGGAGAGCCACCACACUGCCCUGGCUUUCCAGCUCACAGCCAAGGACAACAAGUGCAAUAUUUUCAAGAACAUUGACAGGACUCACUAUCGAACACUGCGCCAGGCAAUCAUUGACAUGGUUUUAGCAACAGAGAUGACCAAGCACUUCGAGCAUGUGAACAAGUUUGUGAAUAGCAUUAACAAGCCCAUGGCUGCUGAGGAAACCAACUCCCAUGGGGAAGGCAGUGACUGUGAAUGCAAUCCCGCUGGGAAGAACUUCCCUGAAAACCAAAUCCUGAUCAAGCGUAUGAUGAUCAAGUGCGCCGACGUGGCCAACCCAUGCCGCCCCCUGGAGAUGUGCAUCGAAUGGGCCGGGAGGAUCUCGGAGGAGUAUUUUGCACAGACAGAUGAAGAGAAGAGGCAGGGGCUGCCAGUGGUGAUGCCAGUGUUUGAUCGAAAUACUUGCAGCAUCCCGAAGUCUCAGAUCUCCUUCAUUGACUAUUUUAUAACAGAUAUGUUUGAUGCUUGGGAUGCAUUUGCACAUCUCCCAGCUCUGAUGCAACAUUUGGCCGAUAACUACAAACACUGGAAGAUGCUGGAUGAGUUAAAAUGCAAGAGCCUGAGGCUUCCGUCUGACAGCUAAAGGGAAGGCCACCACACAAGACCUCUUAAUCUACAAGCUACACUGUGAACCACUUAGGAAUGUAGACGAGGGGCGCCCGUUUCCCUUUCGAGUGAGGCUAACAGCUGUAGAUUAAGGAGUUCGUAGUUAAUAUUUCACCUCCAAUUGCCCCAAUUUCCCAGCAUUUCCUUCCCUGGAGAGUUGUGUGGCUGCCUCAGAGACGUUCCAUUGAACGGCCAUCCGCAGGUAGGGCAGGUACCUUGCCGGGUCAUUUCCACUGUCGUCGGUUACCCUGUGCCUGUGAGGAGGACGCGAUUGGCUCUUUCAUGUGUUCUGUUCACCCAGAUGACCAUCUAGUGGGGUCAAUGCACUCUCUCAUCUUGUCCUCGUGAGAAAGAGCGAAUGCCGCUGUAGGGCUUGAUUGUUCCUUAAGAAUAUCUUUGUCAAUAAAUAUACCUGAUGAAAAGCUUCCCUAGAGGAUGGCCAAAACCCCCUGGGCCCGACGGCCUGGCAAGAACCCUGCGGGUUUGAUGGCCGUCUUGCCGAGCCGUGGUUCCGGGGUCAGAAUAAACAGGGGCACCACCAAGAGCAUCAGCCUAACGACAGCUCUGUUCGGUGGUGUGGGGAACACUAUGGUUCUCCUUCCUCUAAAAGGGAUUCUAACAAAAGCCAUCCGUAAUCUGGGGGGAGAGAGGGUCUUGCUUGGGGGAUUUAUGAAAUUCCUGUUUCCACCUUAGGAAGGCAGCAAAGAAACACAACACUGCACGUAUUCUACAAAAGCCAUUGAAUCUAAAUAUCUGUUCAAGAACUUUUUUUAAAAAAAAGUUUGUAUACAGUUGCUGUUUGAAGAUUUUAUUAAUCAAUCUACAUUUUCUGGGUCCAAGUCCGUGCAGUGAGCUAUGCCAUAUGCUAUCUGUAACUCUUCUUUUUGCCCACCUACUUGCCUAUCGGACAGCGCUCGUUUGCUUUGAUGUAAAACAGUGACAAGCUAUGUAAAUACGUUAGAAACCAAGCCUAUUGCAGGGUGUCAUGACUCUUUUGAAAUAUGAAUUGUAUGCUAAGAAGCUUCUAAAGCACAAAUGCAUAUUUUUAUACAUUUCCUUUCUCACAACUUUCUGUGCUAAACAUAAAUUCAGAUUUUGGACUCCCCUUUCCCUUUCUCCAAUCAACUCCUCUGUGUGUAUAGGAAGUCCAGCAACCCAGCCAAUGGUCUCUUCGGUUUUUUUCUUUCAAAGGCUGCUCACUCCAUGCUGCACUUCUGAGAGGUCGAAGCAGUGGCUGGAUGUGACGGGUGAGGGAGCUGCUUUUUCAAACCAUAAAGUUGCAAAUGCAAAAGGACUUGGGGCUGGCUCAGAUUUUGUACCACAAAGAGAAGCGACGUGGGUAAAAGAAAAAGGGCUUGUUUUAGUAGUCAAGGAAAAAGACAAUGACUGUCGUUUUGCUGCAAGUAACUACAUACUGUGCCAAUGUUUUUCUAUGUUUUGUACCAACAAAUGGAGGCAUUCAUGAAAUUUCCAUGCAAAGAAAUGUACCUAAGCUCUAUUUUUGUUAAACUUGUAAUAGCAUCUUUGUGGAAGCAGCAGCUCCCACCUUCCGCUCUGUAUCAUAAGGCUGCAUUGUGUAUAUUUGAUGAAGUUGUUUUUUGGUGAAGUCUUUGUAAUGGCUAUUCCUACCGCUGAGCCCCAGUUCCCUCUGGUUGUCCUCAUUUUAUCUGUUUGGCCUAAAUCUUCCCGAGUAUCAACACUCUGGCUCCAGUGGUUUGUACCGGACAGGGAUGGCUUUCCAAGAUCUGUUCCAAAGGUAGUCAGGAGCGACUCGUGACGAGGGAGGGCAGAAUCCAGCGGCUUGUGCGAGGCCAGCGCAGUCUUUUCUGUCCCUGUCGCUGUCAGGACCAUUGACCAGGAGGCUGGCACUUUCUAUAGGAAACAUUUCAUUUCACUCGGCGUUGUGUCAGAUUGAUGUCAUAUCAACGAUGAAAUUGGCGUGGGAAUGUUACGGGCUUGACGACGGGCUGCUCUCGACCAGCCUCGUGGGCAGGCUAGCUCUGAGCUCAUGUUCCCUGGAGCCAACUGAACCAAAGCCUGGGCCCUCUCCCCUGUGCCGGCCGAGGACUGGAAGAUCGGGGCCCUGACAAAAAAGAAGUGGGCAAUUCCAGCCCCUUGUCCCGAAUACCUUCCGAACACUACAUGGGCUUACGAGGCUCCAGGAGAAAUGAGGGCACGUGAGCCUCUACUUUUCCAAGAAAACCUCUAGGCCCGGCCCAGUUAAUAAUACAAACUAGAUAAAGAGAGGCUCGUCUCCUAAGGAACCGUUUGCUUCCCACUGGAUGGCACACGCCGUGUUCUGUGGGAAGUCCUCGCUCUCUCUUCCUAGCCAAGGCUGCCAGUCACCCGCUUUAGCGUGAGUGUUGGCGCAUCUGCCUUCCGGGACCGGAACAAGCCCUCUCCCUUCAGGAGGAGCCCAGCCUGCCACCGAGGGGAGAGUGGAGGUGAAGCGGAAGCGCCCCUCUCCUGCAAAGCUCUUCAUUCUCUUACGGAGGGAUGCCUGGAGGCUCGGAGUUUCCUCAGAGCCUAAGACCCUCCCUCAGUACUCUUCUACUGCCCAGACAAGGCCCUACUGCGGACAGGAAAUACCCUGAGGAGACCGCAGAAGAAAAUGCAUUUGGGAUGUCCACAAGCUCUGGCUACAAUUUCUUCAUCAUAGCUAGAAAACUCAGCUUUGAGCAUAUGGGAUUAAGUUGCCAGAAUACGAUUAUCCACUGGAAACUGUUUGGCUCCAAUGAUAUGAGUAUUUUUCUCCCAUCCUACUCUUAAAAAACCCACUUCCUGGAAAUUAAUGUAGGACUAGCCCAAUUAAUGAGCCGUGAUGUGCUCAUAAGUCAAGCCGCAAUCCAUCUGCCGGGUCUAAAAAUCAGCUACUUCCUCAAACCCACCUACCAGUAGAGAAGUCUUUGCAAGGGAGACACCCAAAUUUAGGGGUCUUUUGCUUCCCAAACUCACUCUGGGGCUCUGCGGAGUUACUCCAGGUAAUCUUCGUGUUUUUCACCAGCAAUUUAAAUUAUUUGGUCCAUAGAAUCUUGAAAAUAGGAAGAGUAUGUUUGACCAGUUUAUAUCUACAGGGCACAUGCUCUGGAAACACAAAGUCUGUCAGUUCCUCUGUAAUUUGCUGAGGGUGCUGGAUAGACUUGGAGAAACUGCCUUUCAUUCAUGGCAUAACUCAGAAUUUAGGGUAGAUAUUUUGUAUUUAGGAGACCCAAAAAGCCAAAAGGGCCCCUGAGAAUUCUUCUAGUGACUCCUCCGCCUUAUAGCUAAGACCUUCUAGGUCACAAAAGAGGUUCCUUCCUACUAGAAAGUUUAUUUAUUGUUUUUAAAGCCCUUAAAGAUGAUUAAAGAGUUUAUCAUUAGAAUCAAUGAAAUUGUUGAGCACCGGAGAAAUAAACACAAAAACCAUAGUCCUUGCCCUCAAGGAGGGCAUUUACAUUUUAUUUUACACAAUUUAUCAGGGUCCUCUAGCCCUUAGCACUUUAUUCCUGGCAAAAGAGUCUUAAUUUUACACUGGCAUAAAAAGAAAGUAAAGCAGCCCCGAGGCUGGACAGCGAUAUAGGAGAGACAGCACGCUGCAGCAAGGAUCGCUCCUAUUUUCCCAAAGUGAAUCAUUUCCUUCUCAAAGAUUACCCAUAAGGAAUAUUGUUAUCUCAGGGUGGGGACCUGGCCCUCCUAUCUCCGUCUUCUCCACCUAAAGGAAGCAGAAGCCUGUUGGGAGAACUAUGAAAGCAUUAAUUUUAGAAACAUGCAGAAAAAGACCGACCACGUCCAGGCAGAGUGUCAGCAAGAAGUCAAGUCUAAAGAACCAGCCCUGCUGAUUUAGCGUACAUUCAUCCCAGGCCCAAUUCCACCGUUUCACUUCAGACUUUGUUAAUGGGUCUCCGUUUAUAGAUGAGACAAUCAUGACUACUCCAGGGGACCCAAUCUUUAUAUAUAUAUAAUUUAGGGUUCUGCGUAAAACUAAAACUGACAUUAUCGUUGCCAAAAAAAGUAUUUAAAAGCUGUUACCUUUCAGGGCCCACCUCUCUCAUCUGGAAGUUGAAGAUGUUGGUGGGCCACUUCCAAACUGAAAAUUAUAUGAUUUUAAGAUAAUUAUUCUGGUAGCUGACACAGGUAAAGACGGAUUUAGACAAAAGGAAGGGAAGAACAAGUAUUUGACGAGUUCAGUUAAAGGCAUGAACAAAGGUUUCUUGCUUCAGAAAUAAUAGAAUGUAUAAACGAGAAAUCCCUCGAGAGAAGAGAUAAAAGCAGAUCUGGUAGGUCUUUAUGAAAAUAUUUUCCUUAGCCAUUUAAUCUUAUUUUUAAAUAAUUUUAAAUUAAUCCUUACCAGUUUUUUAAAUGUGUGGACUCCAAAUGCCUACGGAAGUCAGGAGAGGAGGUCAGCUAAUGCCGUGGCAAUUAGGCUAACAUGUCCAGUGAUAACACGAUCAAAUAUUAGUAGCCAUUGAAUAAAUGAAGCCCCUUUUCAGCUUUCAUUUUUGAGUCAUGUAAAAAUGAAUAAUGGGAGCCUCCGUCCUUCAUUAACGACCAGCCUGUUGAAUGUUAAGCUAUCAGCGGCAAUUCCCUCGUCCCACAUCACUCCGCUUUUUGCCGCUCCAGCUCUGCCCUAACACAUCUGGGCCGGGGCUGGGGGUGGGCGGAUAUGACUGCGGUUCCAUGCCAGUGCCAAUCAAGCUGGUAAUCGCUUGUGUCAGGCCACGCUAAGAAAUAGCAGAAGAAAUGUUUUUUUCAGUUUAAUUUCAGUUCUGGUUCAAACCGAGUCUUUAGUAUAAUGCCAUGGAAAGGAGGAGGAAAAAACUGCACACAGAAUCCCAAUUGCUUUUAUGCUCAUUGAUUUUAGAAGCGAAGGAAAAUAAAAUUUGAUUGAACUAUUUAGGCCUGGUUGUCAAAAGGAAAAGCCCCCCGAUGCGGACAAGGCUUUUUGAGUUUCUCUCCAGAACACAUUCAAAGCAGCCCUACCGAGGAGGGAUCGUGGGGGAGGCUGCAAGGUGUGCGCCCAGCUUCCUUCCCAGUAAAAGAGGGGAGCUGAAGAGGUGAUCUCUAAGAUGGAGUCCAUCUCUAGGAAGCCUUUGAGUUCAGGCCACCCCCUCCCUUCUCUCCCAAUCCCCACCCCCACCCCGCGACCUCCUCUGGAAGAAGCAGCUCCAAACACAUCUGCAUCACCUCAAGACAGUUGCUGUGGCGACACAGGCCGGCCAGAUCUCUAGAGCUCCCGGGGUUCGAUUCAGCUAACUAGGGAGGCUUUCAAGCUCUCUAAGGCGUCAUUUAAGCAUUGUAACUGCCUAUGAAUUCCCUAAAGGUGACUUUUCGGGAUUCCAGAUCCUGGCAGGGACCACAGUGGCCAUGUAGGAGGUGGAUUUAGAGACAAGGAAAUGGAGUCUCAAAGGGAUCCUGAUGCCCAGAGCGCUGGCUGGCUGGAAUCCUGCUCAGGGGGAAGGAGGGCCAACAGGAGUUUUCCUCCGGAACAUCAGUCCGGGUUCAGUACAAAUCUACAAUACACAAAUGUUUUCUUUUCCUUUUUUGAAAACAUACUUUAAAAACUAACAAAUUAGACGGCCUUUACGGUCCGGUCCAGUUCUGCAUCUCUGAUCAUAUGGAUUCAUAGUUAAACAGCAGAUAUUCCUUUCUGGGGUGAAAUUACCUUCCAGGCUUUCUGUAAGAGGGACAAAAACUCCUCUGUAGAGCUCUGCUGAGUUCACAAAGAGCUUUCUUCACCAGGAAGUAGGGGAGUCCUCCAGCCCCACGAGGCAGAGGAAGGAAGCGAAAGCCCCCGAAGCCGUCUUGGGCCCCAGGCUCCUCGGCCUCCCAAGGCCAGGGCUCUUCCCCUACACCAAACAUGCUUCUCAAUGUCCCUAAAGGGUUAAACAGCGUCCAAAGUAGAGUGCCGGUUACUUCCUUUUCAUUAACGGCCCUUGGGAAGAAAGGCAUUUUGUGGGGAUAAAUGACCCAGAAAAGUUCCGCCAAGGACUCUUGGGGUUGUUGGGUGGCUGGCUUUGUCUUAAGUCCAAACUUCUAAAAGCAGUAUUAAUAUUUGUGAGAUUCCGCUAAAGAUGUCGCUUUCUUCAAGUCAGAGAAGCCUCUUUAGUGACUCUGAGUGUGGCCGUGGCAUCACCUCAGAAGCCAUGUGAGGACCACAUGGUACAGUUCUCAGGGGAAUCCGUUUCACCAGAGAGGUGCUCCUCUCCCUCCUCCCGCCCUGCCCCUCCCACCAAUUCUCUCACAUAUAGAUGUGUGUUUACGUGUAUAGACAUACACAACAUAUACACAUGUAUGUAUCUCUAUAUAUGAUGUAUUCGCUUUCUACGGGUCCAGACAAUACAGAUUGGACAAUGGAAACAAAACAUGACGCCCCAGUUGGGAAAAAAUACAUUUGAAAAUUUUGUAGAAAAUGAAUAUGUUACAGUUUUCCAGAUCUCUCUUAAAUCCUUCUUAGCCUGUGUUUGACAUUCAGAAUUCAUGUACACGAACACCUCGUUCAACACAACUAGAAGCCAAGGUUCAAAUCGCCAUCAUCCUCUAAUUUCUGAAAUAAUCUUAAACUGCGCAAUCCUGACUCUCGUUCUCCAUUUUUCCACAUAAUAAUGAGGUGAUCAGCAGAGCAUGUCACUAGUCCAUGGUCUUCAAAGUAUAAGAACAUCUGUAAUAAAAAUCAAAAUCACCAAUUAGAGCACAUAAUACUAGGUAAGGAGAAUUCAACGCAACAUACAUUUAUUAAGCACCCACUGUGUACUAAGUGCUGGGAGAGAUACAAAGUUUAGAAAAUCCACGGUGCCUGACUUCAGGGAACUUUCAGGGAAUAAAGCUAAAAGGAGAAAGACAGUACUUUGUUUAUCACACAUAUUGUAUAAGAACAUAUUUCUACCACUUUGGAUGUGAAAAUAGAAGUUUCAUUUUUCACCAUUAUUUUCAUUCUUACAUUGGGCAAAGGCCAUUCCUCUCUAAGACAUGGAAUUCUAUUCGCCAAGCUUCUCUAUUAACUGGGACUCUGACACAUCUACAUUUGGGUGACAUUUGAUGUUCAUAAUUAGGAACCAGAGUUACUGGAAGACUAUGAAAAUUUUUCUGUUUUUAACAAAGAUUACAUCAUAUUCUCUAUGUUUUCAGUAUUUGAUCAUACUCUAAUCUUCAAUAGUUGGUUUAAAAAAAAAUUGUAUUGCCAAACAGAGGUCUGACUAGAUUUGCUUUAAUGACUAGAUAAGGAUCUUGUGAUUAACCCAUUGUUUUUGUACAAAUGGCUGCUGCUAAACUGCUUGAAAAAGUCUGUUCUCUUAAAUGAAUAAAAGCUACCUCUACAA